ACGCGUAUUUCUUCUUAAGUGACCAAAGUCCAUUUUAAACCGUCAUCAUCAAAUCAAAGUCUCAUUUUCACUUUUUCAGACAAACACCCUAUUUUUCGUCCUCAACAAGACAACGACAAAACACUUCGAGCUCGAGAAGAAGCACCAACUAAAACACCACCAUUGUAAUAUUUCAUUUUCCACAUACUCAAUGGGAAACUGCAAAAGCGAACCUAUUUCCAAUUCCGAAUCCCAACCCCCACAUUCCAAUCCCAUUUCUACACCCCCUCCAGAUCUAAACCCCAACCAACCCACCCCAACUGCCACACCUACAUCCACCAUGGGCCGUGUGUUGGGCCGGCCCAUGGAAGAUAUCCGAUCCACAUACACUUUCGGCCGCGAAUUAGGCCGCGGUCAAUUCGGAGUCACAUAUUUGGUCACUCACAAAAUCACCAAAGAACAGUUUGCAUGCAAAUCCAUCGCCACGCGGAAGAUCAUUAACCGCGGCGACUUAGAUGAUAUCCGCCGUGAAGUUCAGAUCAUGCAUCACCUCACCGGUCACCGUAACAUUGUUGAGCUAAAAGGUGCUUACGAGGAUCAUCAUUCUGUUAACCUAAUCAUGGAACUCUGUGCCGGUGGUGAACUUUUUGAUAGGAUUAUAGCGAAAGGUCAUUACUCCGAGCGUGCUGCGGCUGAGUUGUGUGGACAGAUGGUGACUGUUGUUCAUAAUUGUCAUAGCAUGGGAGUUAUGCAUAGGGAUUUGAAGCCGGAGAAUUUCUUGUUUCUUAGUAAGGAAGAGACUUCGCCUCUUAAAGCUACUGAUUUCGGCCUCUCCGUUUUUUUUAAGCCCGGAGAUGUAUUUAAUGAUCUCGUUGGGAGUGCAUAUUAUGUAGCUCCUGAGGUGCUACAUAGAAGGUAUGGACCCGAAGCUGAUAUUUGGAGUGCUGGGGUUAUUUUGUAUAUUCUCCUUUCUGGUGUCCCUCCCUUUUGGGCAGAAAAUGAAAAGGGUAUCUUUGAGGCUAUUCUUCUUGGACAUAUUGAUUUUGAAUCGGAUCCUUGGCCUUCCAUAUCAAGUAGCGCUAAAGAUCUGAUCAAGAAGAUGUUGCGUGCUGACCCUAAAGAACGACUUUCGGCUGUUGAAGUCCUCAACCAUCCUUGGAUGAGAGAUGAUGGAGCAUCCGAUAAGCCUCUUGAUAUUGCUGUUUUAACCCGAAUGAAACAAUUCAGUGCAAUGAACAAGCUAAAGAAAGUAGCUCUGAAGUAUAUUGCUGAAAAUCUUUCUGAAGAAGAGAUUAUUGGCUUGAAGGAAAUGUUCAAAUCCAUGGACACAGAUAACAGCAGAACAAUCACUUUUGAAGAGUUGAAAGAUGGUCUCUCCAAACUAGGUACUAAGAUUUCCGAGUCUGAAGUAAGACAGUUGAUGGAAGCGGCUGAUGUUGACGGAAAUGGAACCAUUGAUUAUAUUGAAUUUAUAACAGCUACCAUGCACUUGAAUAGAAUGGAAAGAGAGAACCAUCUGUACAAAGCUUUUGAAUAUUUUGACAACGACAAAAGCGGGUACAUUACAAAGGAAGAGUUGGAAUCUGCCCUUAAAAAGUAUAACAUGGGUGAUGAGAAAACAAUAAAGGAGAUCAUUGCCGAAGUUGAUUCAGACAAUGAUGGAAGAAUUAACUAUGAGGAGUUUGUAGCCAUGAUGAGGAAAGGUAACCCAGACUUGGUAACCAACAGACGUAGCAAAUAAUAAUGUUAAUCAUACAUAGCCUGUUUUACUAGAUUGAUGCAUGGAUAUUCUCCAAUUCAUAUUUCACACCAUUGAAAGAGAUGAACUAGAAGGACGGCUGAAGAUAUAGUUUUCCUUUUCUCCUUUAGGUAUCUCAAUGUGAUGGUUACUUGUUUAUAAGUUGUUGGUCUUGAUAAGCCAUGUUGGGUAAGACAUAUCCAGAUGAUUUUAGUGUUUUGCAUUCUCAGUACAAAAUCCCAGUUAAGGAAUAUACAGUGUAGUAAAAUUUAGCUGCUAAACCUUUGCUGCAACGUGUAGUUCGGACAGUGGGUUCCUUUUUGUGAAUCACUAUUAUACUGAAAAUGAAUUUUCUGACUUUGGAUCA